ACAACUGCAGUUUUAUACUCUUUGAUACGACACUGGUGGUCGGGCACAUGUUUAUUCUGUUGUACCCAAAGACAUUAUUUGUUUAAAAUGAUACGGAACCGAGCGAGACAGAGUUUCGAAGCGCUCAUUAGGAUUCUACAGCCUUGUGGUGUGAGUAGAUUUUGGUCUGCGACUCCUGCUUCAAGUCGAUAUUUACUAUUCAGAAAGAAGUUAUUCCAAAGACUCUCAAACGAGUUAAAAGCACAAACAGUUUGUGAAGCGGCAAGAGAAAUAAAUCAAUCGGCAAUGGAAAAUUGCUCCUUGUUUGGAAAAGUUGAAUCGUCUGAGGGAAUACCCCAAGUCGACAGUAAAGUCCAAACCAAAGCAACAGGCAAUUUUAUUGAUGGUGAGCUGGCAAUGAUAAUAAGAGAAAAUAUUAAAAAACAUACAUCAAUGAAAGUUAUUGUGAAGCUGACAGAAAAAGGGAUUUUCAGCUGUAAAUAUGGAGCUAUACCACACAGGCAUAUUAUUGGUGAAACUUGUGGCAGAGAGUUCCUUACCAGCCAAGAUAUACAAGUCUUGAUACGUCGGCCAACUCUUCAUGAUUAUAUUUUAAUAAUGAGAAGACUUCCAACCAUAUCAUUCCCUAAAGAUAUAUGUACUAUGUUGAUGAUGAUUGAUGUGUCUCCUGGUGAUUCCAUACUUGAGGCUGGUUCCGGAUCGGGUGCCAUGACUCUUUUCCUCUCUAAAGCUGUUGGACCUCAGGGUAAAGUUCACUCUAUGGAAAUGAAAAUGAAGCAUCUUGAUCUAGCAAGUAAAAACUUCAAUAGAUGGAAAGACUCUUGGAACUUAAGCCAUAACUGCAAGUGGACCUCAAAUGUUGAGUUUCACCAUGGCUGUCUGAUUAACAAUGGAUAUAGGAUUCUUGAAGGCCUCAAAUUUGAUGGGGCAGUAAUUGAUAUGGAAGAGUGCGCUGCAGCAAUGCCUGUUUUAAUACAGUUUCUCAAGAUUGGAGGAGCUGUAUGUUUCUAUGUUGCAAACAUAACCCAAGUUAUUGAAAUAUGUGACAUAAUCCGAAGCCAAGAACUUCCUUUUACUGUGGAAAAUAUAGUAGAAGUGCAGCAUACAGACUGGAUAGUUAACCCAGCUAGACGAAGAAAUGGAGCAUUCAUCAAUUCUACAUCAAACAUGAGUGUGCACCUUACAGAUGAUGAUGGGAAGGAAGCAAAAACACCUGAGAGAUUAAUAGGACCAGCUCAGUACAUAAAAUAUAUUGCAAAGCCCUGGAAAGGCAGUGAACAUUCAGCAUUUUUAGUGAAAGCAGUCAGGCUGGAAUUGUUUCCAUCUUCGUAUAAAGUUUGAGCAUUAUUGCAGAUUUUGAACCAAGAUACUGCAGUAUUGUUUUCACUAGAGAAUUAGAGGACUGCUGAUUUGUUGCCAAUUUUAACAUCUGAAUAUAGUGACAUUUAUAGCCAAAACUUCAGGAAUAUGGAGAGAUUUUGUCAACAUUAAAUGUGGUAUGGAUAGGUUGGUAUGCAAACAGUCAGUAUGGUCCUGCCAGUUUAGUGUCCUUGAAAAGCACACAAAUGCUAAAAAGGACACAAACAUAAUAUGUGAUAACAUGGUAUAACUUUAUUAUUUCAAACUCUCUUUUCAUAACAUGUAACAUUUAUGAUUGCAGUAUACUGUAAUUCUAAUUAUUUUGAGAACGACUGUUUCACAAUAUUAUAUUUGAUAUAAAUACCGAAGAACAGGAACAUUACAAUUUAGAAAACAAUCUUUAAUACAGGGUACAUAUUGUUAAACAGAUAAUAGAAAACAGAAAAUAUACAAACAAUGAGUUUUUCGAUUUCUUAAAGUACUGUAAUACAAAGUAAAACAUUUUUUUUUUUCAAAAUUCAUAAAUACUGCCACCUGGGCUUUCUUAAAUAUUAAAUAUAAAUAUUAAAUAUGUCUAUAAAUUACUUUUUAAAAAUUAAAUAAGCAAAAAUAACAAUGUUAAAAUAUAAACGUGUCAUAUUAUUAAAUAUGUGACAAAUAUUGAUUGUUCUAUAAAGGAUCUACUGCCACCGUGGCAUUAAUUUCUGUAUGUUGUUGGAGAAUUUGAUUCUUGUUUAUUUAGAUUUACAAACAUACUUUCAAUUAGUCAUCAAUGUUUUUUACCCUUAUCCAACCAUUGAUUUUGAAACAAAUAUAUCAUUUGUAUCUGAAUUUUAUGAAGAAAAGUGUUCAUUCUAAGUUAAACUCAUAUAAUGAUAAUAAUGUCCUAAAAGAAUCUUUAUCUUCUAAUUGGUGUUUUUUUAAUACACAAUAUAAAAACUAAUAAUAAAGUAAAGUUUUUAAUAGAUUUCAUACGACUAAAAUAUACUCAACAUUAUAAACGGAAUUUUUAUAUUUGUAAAAAUAAAGAUAAUAUGUGGAGUAUUGCUGCAUAAA